AUGGUGCUACAGCCGCCUCCACGGCCACACCUGGCACCGGGAACAUUGACACUGCCGCCAGGCUUCCAAUUCCACCCGCCCCCAGCAGAAGCCACUGCACCAGCAGCACCGGGCGCACCAGCUCCCCCGCCACCAGCACCUUUUGGCCUACAGCAGCAAGUCGCCAUACCAGCAGCUUUGUUGGCAGCAGCAGGGCAGAUGCCCACCGCUGGCACCGUACCAGCUGGCGCUACCAUUCCAGCUAUGGCGCCUGCAGUCGCACCGGCUGCUGCACCCACGGCUGCCCCACCAGCGGUUCCUGUGGUGGCACCUGUGUUAGCUCCAGCAGCCGCCCCACCACCGCCGGCUCCAGGUGCACCCCCCGGCACAGACCCCACCGUUGCAGCAGUUGCUGUCGCCUUGGGUUUGGAACCAGCAGUGUUGAAUGCAGUAGUGCAAGCCCUAGGGGCUGCUGCAGGAGGGGAAGGCGGAGGCAAUCAGCCAGGUGAGACCAAGGAGGCUGAGGGCGCCGCAGCUGUUGCAGCAGCCGCGCAAUCAGCACAAGACAUGCAAUAUAUGCAGCAGUACCAGUUUUACCAACAGUUACAGAAGCAGGAGCAGGAGAAGCGAGCCAAAACUCAGGCGGCGCAGCCCCUGCGAUUCAAGGAAGGAUUCCGACCGAUGCGGUUAUGCAAGCCUUUGAUGACAGUAGGCUUUUGCCGUCAGGGUCAAGACUGCACCUUCGCGCAUACCUACGAAGAGUUGCAUCCAGCAUCGCCGGACGUUCCAGCCAACAUGGCCAACGAAGAGAAUGAUGCUAUGGCCGAGCAGGGAGAUAUCCCAGAGAGCCAGGUACCAGACAUGAGGUUGAAGAAAAAGAAAGAAAUGUGUGGGCGCUUUUCUCGAGGAGAAUGCUCCCUGGGCAAGAUUUGCCCAUUUGCCCACACCGAGAGCGAGUUGGGCACAAUUGGUCUGUCCGUGUGCGGAAAAGUGAAGACACGAUUAUGUGUGUUCUGGGACCCCGUCACGAAGACUGCCAAAGGAUGCAUCUAUGGAAAGAACUGCAAUAACGCGCACGGAGAGCGCGAGAUCGGCACGAAGAGGCCACCACCAGAGCUUUGUCCCCCUAUGAAGAGGCGGCGGGAUGGAGAAUCUGCCACUGGGCCGAUCCGGGAUUCCGGGUGUUGA